GGAAAUUUAAAAUCUCGACGGCGUUAAUUUAAAGUAAACACAAACCAGCGGAAUAAAUCCUCCCAAAACAACCCGAAAAUGACCGCAGCCUGACGCUCUGCACCUUCAAAAAUCUGACCCUUGACCCUGGUGGCUGUGCUCAUGCAGGGUCACAUCACAUAACAUGAAGAAGAAGGCGAGGAGGAGGUCUCAGGUCGCAGACGCCGGCAGCAACCAGGGGGAGCGCUGUGUUCUCUGCAGGCUCAGUGAUGAUGACCCUUCCAUGUUUGGGGAAAAAGUGACACUCAAAGAGCACAAGCUCUCCGUCCACUACUUCUGUUUGCUGACGUCUUGUGGAGUUUACCAGCGCGGAGAGGAGGAUGAGGGCGUCUUUGGUUUCCUGGUGGACGACAUCAAACAGGAGAUCCGCCGGUCGGCUCGACUGACGUGUUCCUGCUGUAAGAAGAAGGGAGCAUGUGUCGGCUGUAACGUUCGAAGUUGCAGGAAGAUGGUCCACUUCCCCUGCGGGAGGAAACAGAAGUUUAUCUCACAGUUUACUGGACUCUUCCCGUCGUACUGUUCGGAUCACAGUCCCUCUCAGUCUCUGUGUGUGGGUUCAGACCUAAGUCUGCCUCAGUCUUGCUCCAUCUGUUUGGACUCCAUUGAGCCCAUCCUCUGCUACUCCGUCCUCAAAUGUCCAUCCUGCCACGCCAGCUGGUUCCACAGGGACUGUGUGCAGCGUCAGGCCUACAGUGCCGGCCUCUUCUUCUUCAGAUGUACUCUCUGUAACAACAAGGAGAACUUCCAGGAAGAGAUGCUCAGGAUGGGAAUAUACAUCCCAGAGAGAGAUGCCUCAUGGGAGAUGGAGGCAAACGCAUAUUCAGAGCUGUUGCAGGUUUACAAUCGCUGUGACGCUCUCACCUGCCUCUGCAACGAGGGACGCACACACUCCGCCAAGACUGGUUGGUUUGAGGUGAUUCGCUGCUGGCUGUGUGGAUCUGGCGGGACUCACAGAAAAUGUUCAGGGCUGAAGUUGGACACCAGCGACUGGGCAUGCAGCGACUGCACAAAGGCUACUGACGGGAAAGCUUCCCUGGUUUCAUCUCCUCAGGGGGGUCAGAGGAGGAGUCUGCUGUCCAAACGCCACCUGUCCCCCAUCCACUCCUCCAUCAGCUGUAAGAGACCAUCUGGUUCACCUGAGAAGUUCCUGCAGGCAUUGGCUCCUCAGCUCCGCCCCCUCCGUGUCCAGGUGGAGGUGAGCGGGGAUCAGGCUCUGUCUGCAGGUGUGGAGCUGGUGAGGAGGGCCGAUUUCGACCCCACACACACACUGUCUGUCAGGUUCAAAGACGAUCAGCAGACUGCAUUUCCCAGCAGUCUCCGGGACAGCGACGCAGCCAGGCAGUUCUUCCUGAAGCUGCUGAUUCAACAGAUCCAGGACUCUGUAGUGUUCGAGGGUCCAGAUGGAUACAAGAAUCUGGCACUGGACUCCCAGGCUCUGCGUGAGGACCUGUACUUCGAUGUCGGCUGCCUUCUGGCUCUCUCUCUGGUUCACGGCAGUCCUCCUGUGGGCUUCUUCUCUCACGCUCUCUACCAGUGUCUGUUCAACUACCCGCCCAACCGCCCGCUCACCGUCACACACAUGACCCCCAACACACACUUCACCUCGCUAGUCAGCAGGAUUGCAGAGGCGGAGUCUUUAGAGGAGCUGAAAGAACUCAUGGCGGCGAGUUGGGAGUACCUGGAGCUGGCCGGCUGCAACCGACCAAUAAGCAGCCUGAAGGAAAAAGAGGCUCUGGUGGAUGAUCUGGUCAGCUUCACUAUGAUCACCAGGAUGCAGCUGCCACUGCGGAGGUUUCGGGAGGGCUUGCAGACUUUGGGUGUCUUUGAUCAGGUGCAGCUCUUCCCGUCGGUGUUCUACAGUGUUUUCUGUGAAGCGGCUGAUCGUCUCACGGCUCAGACUGUCGGUCAGCUCUUUACCAUCAACUUCUCCCAGCAGGAGGAGAGACUGAACAAGGAGACGCCCGCCAUCACCUUCUGGAGACACUUCCUGUUGGAGUGUGAAGUUGGGAGGAGCUCUAUCUCGCUGCAGGACCUUCUUUGUUUCGCCACAGGAGCAGAGGAGCUCCCAGCAGCCGGCCUGCUCCCUUCUCCCUCCAUUUCCUUCCUCCAUCCCUCUGGGGCUGAGGAGGAGGAGGGUGGAGCAGGAGAGAGGGAGACAGUCAGACCAGGGAGAGGAGCGUGGAGGGACAGUGGGCUCUUCCCUCAGAGCGAGCCUGCCUCCAAACACCUCCUCCUGCCUGUCACCACCUCCUACCAAGCCUUCAAAAGCUCCAUGGAGCAGGCCGUCAGCCACUAUAUGCACCUCCUCCCCAGUUAGAUGAGGAGAGAGGAGAUCUGGUUGGGGUCGAAAAACAGCAGAAAGUGCUUUCUGCAAUUAACGAUCCAGACUUUUAAAAAAAAAUGUUAUGUAAUGUUAUUGAUUGGCCCUUUGCUAAGACCCGACCUACUCCUCCAUUGUUAGUUUAUCAUAGAUAUAGAAAUAUGUCAUUUCAAAAUUGGAAAAAUUUAGGGAUAUUUAAUAUCAUGCUAACAGGGGCUAAAGCUAACAGGUCCCAAAUGCAGAAGCAGAUGAUCCAUGUAGAAUAUAUAGAAAUAAAGAAACAGCAUUGUUCUGUGGUGUAGAUCUUCUUAGUGUUACAGAACAAUAUUAUAAUUAAAAUGUCAUUUGUUGAAACAUAACCCUGUAUGGAUACUUAUAGAAAACAUACAUGAACAAACAACACGGUAGUUAAGAAUAAUUGGUGAGUUUGGCAAAUGUAACACUAUUUAUUAUAAAUCUGUUUGGAUUUCCAAUCCAAUAAAAACAAAGAUGACCAGUUGAUAUUGGCCUAACUCUGAUACCAUGAAAUAAUGUAGUUCACUAAAGACUUUAAGACUUUACCAUUGCAGAUAGUGAGCUUCUUAGCUGGACACGCUAACGUUAGCCAUGUUUCCUCUUCUGUUUUUGGUUUUGGGAACUCUUUCUAUACCGAGAGUUUCUCUUACUACAGCCCAAUGCACACAGCUCCCAAAGCUUGUCACGCCUAGCUACGUUUGCUAAUUUACGAUUGGACAAUGGCUGUUUGGAGGCGGGGUUUAGCAGACGUUCAAUUUCAUAUGUUGAAUACAUUUUCAGUUAAUCAAUUUUGUCUUUAAAGCUGCUACGAAAAGUCCAUCUGACGUCUUCAAACGUUCAAAACCCAAAGAGAUUCCGUUUACUUUGAUAUAAAACUGAGAAAAACAGACAAUCCUCACCCCAGACACCAGAGAAUUGUUGGUGUUUCUGCUUGAUAAAUGACUCUUAAAUAAUGAAUUGAUUAUCAAACUUGUUAGCAAUUACAUUUCAACAAUUUUAACUCUACUUGUUUUGGGAUUUUGGGGUCCCAUACUAAAUUAGGAAGUUUAUGUAUAAGCCAUUUAUUAUAUGUUUCUAUACCAGGAAGGUUUUUAUUUUAUUUUAGAUGGAGUAGUGUCGGAUGAUGUGACAAAUUCUGAAUAUCUAUCAGAGAUUUCUUUAUACCAGUUAUACCAAUGUAGCUAUGUUAUACUUCUGCAUAGUUUUCAUAUAUUUGAUUCAUAUGUUAUGUAAAAACCCCAAAAAAACACCUCACAAAUACAUAGUUUCAUAUUUAAAAAGGAGUCAGUUAUUCCCUAAAACAGCUGCUCACUGUAGUGUUUAUCAAACAAACAGGAGAUGUGUGUCUUUAAUAGUUUUUGGACAACAACAGUGGAGCUCUAUUGAGGAAGACGAAAUAUCAGGCUGUGAUACACACACCACUUGUCAUAGAUGCAUUCAUUUGGUCGUAUGACGAGCAGACAAAUAUAUCGCCAGAUUCAAACUUUAUGUUGUCAGAUUAGCCAGCUGGUUAUUUUAUCCAAGUUUACAUCACAUCCAUCCAUCAUUGAUAAGAAACACAUCAUGUUUAAAACUGAUUAAAAGAAGAAAUGUUCAAUUCAUAAACCACCUGUCUGCUGAAAACAUCCACUCCGACCGUCCGUACCUGUACGUUUGGUGAACACGGACGGUUCAGGUAUCGUGUCGCUCACUAAUGAAGCUGAUGAGUAAAAUAUUUUCAUAACCCAUAACUGCAGGUAGCAUUACAUUUAAAGUCUUUAAAUUUGCCUUUUUAAAACCUUUUUUCUUGUCUCUUUCCUUAAACAACAGGAUUUAUGAAAAAAGUUAAAAAAAACAAUGGUGCUGAUUUUAUAACUUUGCCUUCAAGUGUCAGAUUCUUGUACAUAGUUUAUUUCUUUAAGCUUUUAAUGAUGCUGAGAUAUCUCGUUUGUUGUGUUCUUUUUUUCUUUUCUUUUUUUGGUUUUCUGGCUUCAGUAAAGAGCCUCGUCCAAAGUUAAGGCGACACUUACAAACUUUUGUGUUUGGUCAAGUCAUGUUUUAUCAAAAGUUAAUUUGCUUUAUAAAUUUACAGCAACCCCAUAAUGUGUCCCCUCAAGCUAUGUAAAUUUCUCAAUUAAGUUGCAAAUUCAGGGGUUCUUCUUAAGGCUCUGGUUGAUGGAUUGAUAGUGAUUGUGUCCAUUAAACCCUUAUAAUCCUAUUAUGAAGUUAUGUAAUUACAUCAUUAUUAAAAUCAAAUCUGACCAAA